AUGAAAAUCAGGGAAAAAGCUCGACUUGAGCAAAAAACGUGCUUCUUUUUUUCUUCCACCCAGAGUCCCGCAGACGUCACUGUAGAAGAUCUUCACCCUGAGCAGCACAAUCCCCUCCACAUUAAACAGGAGGAGGAGUCCGACAUGCAGUGUAUCAAACAGGAGGCGGAGCCAGAGACCACUUACGUUAAAGAAGAACAGGAAGAUGAAAUCCCCACGUUUCCAAUUUGUGACAUUGUGAAGAUCGAACAAGAUGAAAGUCCAAGCGAAGAGAGCAGAUCAGCGAAACCUUCGAGCGACGGCUCAUUUCAGCACCUGACAACAAAAGCAGAGGGACGAUCGCAGCCGGACGGCCUCUUAGCUCCGCUUUCGGGCAGCGACGACAUAACGUCACAUUCUUCUGACUUUAAUACUGAUGAGGAGGAUGAUGACUCUGAUCAAAAUGCUUCAAACAAGUCACCAUUGAAAAGAAACAGUCAAGAAAGCGCGAUUUAUUAUAAAAAGCAUCAGCGUACUCACACUAGAGAGAAGCCUUUCACCUGCACACUUUGCGAUAAAAAAUUUUCACUGAGUUCUAGUUUAAUUAGACAUAAACGUACACACACUGGAGAAAAGCCUUUCGCCUGCACACAUUGCGAUCAAAGAUUCACCGAGAAGGGAGGUUUAAAGCAACACUCAAGGACACACACUGGAGAGAAACCUUUUGCCUGCACACUGUGCAGUAAAAGAUUUUUUCACAAGACGGAUUUAAAGAAUCAUCAGCGCACGCACACUGGAGAGAAGCCUUUCGCGUGCACAGUUUGCGAUAAAAGGUUUUCUUGGAAGGCUUAUUUAGAACAGCAUGAGCGUGCACACAGUGGGGAAAAGCCUUUUGUCUGCACAACUUGUGGUAAAAGUUUCGCCCUGAAGGGAGAUUUAAACAAACACAGAAGGACACACACUGGAGAGAAGCCUUUCUCCUGCACUCUUUGUGACAAAAGAUUUUCAAAGAAGACUCAUUUACAACAACACACACGUACACACACUGGAGAAAAGCCCUUUGAUUGCUCAUUUUGCGGUAAAAGAUUCACUCAGAAAGGAAGUUUAGUCUCACACGCAAGAACACACACUGGAGAGAAGCCAUUUGACUGCUCACUUUGUGGGAAAAGAUUCACUCAUAAGGGAUGUUUAGUAACGCACACCAAAAAACACACUGUGGAAAAACCUUUGAAUUGUAAUGUGUGA